AUGGCUUUAUCUAAAACAUUUCCUGAAUGGGUGGAGGUGAUCCAUAAUAAACGCAAUUCUGCUGCUGAAUCUGUUUCAACAUUCCACUUUCUUAAAUCAAGGAUAAGGCAUCUUUCCGGAUCAGAUACUUUCCCAGAAAACAGUGUUGAAUUCGGACAUGGAGGAGUACUUUACUGGAUGUCGCGUGAUCAUAGGGUUCAAGAUAAUUGGGCCUUUUUGUAUGCACAACGUUUAGCACUCAAAUUCGAAGUUCCACUGCAAGUAUGUUUUUGUUUGGUACCUGCUUACCAAGCUGAUACUCUGAGGCAUUUUAAGUUUAUGAUUGGUGGACUAGCUGAAGUAGAGAAGGAAUGUCGUUCAUUGAAUAUUCCAUUCCAUCUGUUAAAUGCUUCUGACCAAAGUGGUAAAUUUGAAGAUAAAUCAGCUGGAUACUUUUCACCACUUAGACCUCCUCGUUCAUGGGUGAGAAAAGUUAUUCAGGAAUUGCCGAUUUCCAUCCCUUUUUGUGAGGUAGAUGCUCACAAUAUUGUUCCAGUUUGGUGUGCAUCAGAUAAACGAGAAUAUUCUGCUCGAACAAUCAGAUCAAAACUGUUUGGAAAAUCACCAAAGUAUCUAACAGAAUUUCCACCUAUUAUUAAACAUUCGUACACAACUGAAAAUGCUCAUCAUUCACCUCUUGUUGACUGGGAAUCAGUUUUAUCUAACUACGUGGGUGACAGAAGUGUGAAACCAGUAGACUGGGCUAUACCUGGAACUAAAGCGGGUUUUGAGGUGCUGUACGAAUUUAUUGGGAAACGUCUAAAGAAAUUUGACCCUCACAGGAACAACCCCGCUAGUCCUGCUUUGAGCGGAUUAUCUCCUUGGUUGCACUUCGGCCAACUAGCCCCUCAACGUGCUAUUCUCGAGGUUGUUGCUGUUCAGAAGCAAUAUGGGCGAUCGGCUGAUAUUUUUGUUGAAGAAUGCUUUAACAGAAGAGAAUUAGCUGAUAAUUUUUGUUUCUAUACACCUAUGUAUGAUUCUAUUGAAGGUGCAUAUGACUGGGCACGUGAGUCAUUAAUGAAACAUGCAACUGAUAAAAGGGAUCCAGCAUAUACGAAAGUUCAACUGGAGUCUGCUCAAACGGCUGAUGAUCUUUGGAAUGCAGCUCAACGUCAACUGGUGCGUAAAGGUAAAAUGCAUGGGUUUCUACGCCAAUACUGGGCGAAGAAAAUACUUGAGUGGUGUGCUGAAGGUCCAGAGUCAGCCAUACGAAUAGCAGCAUACUUGAAUGACCGUUAUAGUUUGGAUGGGACAGACCCCAAUGGAUACGUUGGUAUCAUGUGGGCAAUAUGCGGAAUUCAUGAUCAGGGUUGGUGUGAACGACCCAUUUUUGGCAAAGUACGAUAUAUGAAUUAUCAAGGAUGUAAACGCAAAUUCUCGAUCCCUACUUUCGUAUCACGAUAUUCUGAAAACUAA